AUGGACUGGGACGGCCCACGCACCCGCCCAUCCUUCUGGACGCCCUCGAUCCCCCCUCUCGAGCGUCACCUCCCGCUCUCCGGCCCGUCCAUCACGCUCUACCGCGCCCUCCGCAUCGCAUGGGUCCUCUCCCUCCUCCCUCUCCACCUCUUCCUCGUACUCCUCUCGCUCCUUCCCCUCUUCUACCGGGCCCUCCCACCUUACCUCGUUCCCGGCAAACGCCAACGCUGGAACCCUCAACAACGACUGAUCUACCCCCUCCUGCGCCGGGUGAUCUGGUCCGUCUGCGACGUCGGUCAACCUGGGUCCCUCACGCCUAGCGGACCGAGGACUGUUCCGUUUUGGGCGUGGGCGUUGGAGGAAUUCACGGUGCGUAUUGGGGGAGGAGCGCGAGUUGAGUUGGAUGUGCGAGAUGUGGAGAUGCCACGACGAGCGAGGGAAGAGGGGUGGGUCAAGGGAGAGGUGGUGGAUCCGAGAGGGAGAGUCGAGUUUGGCACGGUGCCGUGUUUCUGGUUCGAGCGAGGCGGGGAGGGCGAGGGAGCGGGAAAAGGGCGAGGAAGGUGCAAGGCGAGGAGCGAGAAGGAGAGGGUGAUCUUGUACUUUGUCGGCGGUGUGUACGCCACCGGCUCACCCGUCGAAGGCAGCCGAUGCUUCAAACUCGCUCGCGAGACCGGCUUGCGAGUCGUCGGCGCCAACUUCCGCAAGUCCACGUCGCCUCAAAGCGCCUUCCCCGCAGCGCUGCAAGACGCCCUCACGGCCUACGCCCACCUCGUGCUUGACCUCAGCUACCGCGACAUCGUCCUCGCCGGUGACUCGGCAGGCGGGAACCUCUCGCUCAUGCUGCUGCAAUACCUCACUACGACUCUCUCGCCUUCGACAAUCCCCUCGCUCGUCCUCCCGACGGGAUUGUUGCUCCUCUCGCCUUGGUGCGACCUCACGGCAAGAACGUUCGGCAAGUCCCGCGACCGCGAGAUGGAGAACGACAUCAUCACUUCGUCGAUGGCGACGAACUCGCUACGCUUGUUCAUGUACAACGUGCAUGCGCCGUUGCCGAAGGACGUGCGAGUCGACCCUGACGGCGUGUACGGGAGGAAGGCUAGGCAUGCGUGGUUUUCGCCGUCGCUGGCGAGUUCGCUUCCCGCUCUCGAAGCAGUCGCGCGCGCAUACGCCCCGCCACGAACGGACGUUGCGAUUCCCUCGACACGCUGGAGCGGGUUCGCCGACUCUCGCCGCUCGUCUACACCUCAACGCCCCUUGCGAUUCUUGAUCACAACCGGCACAGCCGAGCUCUUCUCGCCCGAGAUCCUCUCCCUCAUUGCCAACCUCCGUCUCGCCUCGCGCGACUCCUCGGCCUUUGAAGUGCAGACGAUGGUUGAGGAGGGAGAAGUGCAUGCGUUCCCGCUUGUUCCGGAGUGGGUUAGUCCGGCGGCGGAGAGGGCGGUGGAGAGGAUCAGGGAGUGGGUGUUGGAGGGACUGGGGAGGGAUGCGAGGGAGGAGGCGAGCAAGGCGGGGAGGGGAGGGAGGGUGGUUGGGACCCAAGGUGGCGCGAGUCUGCGGGUCUGGUGA